CGUUUUUUUUUUUCUUCUUUGGUUUAAGAUGGCAUUGGUGAACGGUCGCCGUCCUCUCUUUGCUGGCCUCUCGUCGACGGCCACUGCGCCCAUCACGGCUGCCCGCAGCACCCCCGCCUCCGUCUCUGGCCGGUACGCCGCGCUCUCUGCCGAAGACGACGCCAUGGCCGAGUCCGAGCUCAGCGGCCUGACCGAGCUCAACCAGCAACUCGGCGCAAUGUCGCAGCUCCCCGUCUUUGACGUUCCCGCUGUCCAAGACCCCGCUGCGUUCUUGCAUGCGUACACCGAAGACCCGCACAGCAAGGUCAAGAUCCACAUCCAGCACGGCACAACCACUCUUGCAUUCAAGUUCAAGCACGGCAUCAUUGUCGCUGUCGAUUCGCGCGCCACGGGUGGCUCUUACAUUGCGUCGGGCACUGUCAAGAAAGUGAUUGAAAUCAACCCAUACCUUUUGGGAACUAUGGCUGGUGGCGCCGCCGACUGCAGUUUCUGGGAACGCGAGCUUGCGCGCCGUUGCCGCAUCUACGAGCUUCGCAACAAGGAGCGCAUCUCGGUCGCUGCCGCGUCCAAGCUUCUUGCAAACAUGGUUUACGGAUACAAGAACAUGGGUCUGUCCAUGGGCACGAUGAUUACUGGCUGGGACAAGCGUGGACCCGAGCUUUAUUAUGUUGAUAGCGAUGGCACUCGGCUGCACGGUGACAUGUUCUCGGUCGGCUCUGGCUCCACCUACGCGUAUGGUGUUCUCGACGCUGGCUUCCGUUAUGACAUGACUCCCGAGGAGGCCUGCGAGCUUGGUCGACGAUCCAUCUACCACGCAACACACCGUGAUGCUUAUUCUGGUGGUUUUGUGAAUGUCUACCACGUUCGCGAAGAAGGCUGGGUCAAAAUUUCGUCCACCGAUGUCAACCAGCUGCACUAUGGCUACAAGGCUGGGUUUGCACAGUAAACGCAAAUGCUUCUUGUUCAAUAAAGAUAAUACCAAACGAAGCAUUUGUUGCGACGAGGGCGAUUGACACGAGCUCGAGACCCAACCACUCGACACUGUUCUGCAAUGGUGAUGGAACACUUGUGCGAGUGGACUUUGGUAUUGAACAAACACGAGUGGACUUUAGUAUUGAACAAACAUGUUUUGAACAUUUCUGAAUCGACAUUGCUGCAAUCGGUUUUGAACAACAUGAGCAAUGGACAAAGUUGAUCCGGACAAAAAUG